AUGUUAAUACCACCCGGCGCGGUCAUUUUCUGCUACUGCUGCUGCGGGCUCCUCCGUCCAAGACAGAUGUUGCGAAACCAAGGCCUCCUCAAGUGCCGCUGCCGCAUGCUCUUCAAUGACCUGAAGGUCUUCCUGCUGCGGAGACCCCCCGCGCCGCCGCCGCCCUCCCCGCCGCCGCCGCUCCCCAUGCCCGGCGGCGCAGAGGCGGCGGCGGGCGGCCCGACGGGAGCCGCAGCGCCCGGGGGGCGCGGGCCCGGCUGGCGGGCGGCGGCGGCGGCGGGCGGCGGGGCGGGCAGCCCGGCCGCCGAGGAGUGGGGCAGCCCCGCCGGGGAGCCGCCCGCCUCCCUGCCCAGCAGCACCUCCUCGGAUGACUUCUGCAAGGGCAAGGCCGAGGACCGCUACUCGCUGGGCAGCAGCGUCGACAGCGGCAUCCGCACCCCGCUCUGCAGGAUCUGCUUCCAGGGGCCUGAACAGGGGGAGUUGCUGAGCCCAUGUCGAUGCGACGGCUCGGUGAAGUGCACGCACCAGCCGUGUCUGAUCAAAUGGAUUAGCGAGAGAGGCUGCUGGAGCUGUGAGCUGUGUUACUACAAGUAUCACGUCAUUGCCAUAAGCACAAAGAACCCUCUGCAGUGGCAGGCCAUCUCUCUGACAGUCAUUGAGAAGGUUCAGAUAGCAGCGGCCAUCCUUGGUUCUCUCUUCCUCAUCGCCAGUAUCUCGUGGCUCAUCUGGUCGACCUUCAGUCCUUCGGCCAAGUGGCAGCGCCAGGACCUUCUCUUCCAGAUCUGCUAUGGAAUGUACGGCUUCAUGGACAUUGUCUGUAUAGGUCUAAUAAUACACGAAGGGCCCUCGGUUUACCGGAUUUUUAAACGGUGGCAGGCGGUCAAUCAGCAGUGGAAAGUGCUGAACUAUGACAAAACAAAGGACAUGGAGGAACAAAAAACAGGGACCAGGACAAAUCAGCGCCCUUCCGCCCAAACCACCCACUCGUCCUCCACUGGUGGUACAGCCACUAACUCCGCUCCAGCCGACAGCGGGGCACGGGCUGCAGGCCAUGCCACAGGCACCCUCUCUGACCACCACUGUGCUUAUACCAUCCUGCAUAUACUCAGCCACCUGAGGCCUCACGAACAGAGGAGUCAGUCUAGUAGUAACAGAGAGCUCGUCAUGAGGGUCACGACGGUCUGA